AUGAACAGCAACAGUUCCAACGAUCCAACGUCAAGCUUGAUGACGACGUCAGACACGUCACCUGCGACGUUGAAGCUCCAGCGCAGUAGGAACAUUGUUGUAGAGUGUGCGACCGCCUUCGCAGAGAUCAAAACUCCGGAAGACGCAUACAAUGCGAAUGUUGCAAACAAAAAGCGCCAAAUAGCGGAACGUUUUCGAUGCCUUCGUGAGCUACUAGAGUCUGGACGAGAGUCUGGCGACGAAAAAGAGCUUCAAGAUGAUAUUGUGAGAUAUUCUGGCGAGUUACAAGUCUUAAAAGAUCGCGGCCGUGCAGAUGCAGAACACGAAUACGAGAUUCAGGUCGAGUCUGUUUUGCAAAGGUUAUCGGACGAGCUGAUUCCCACAAUAGGCCCUGCUGUCGUCAAAAGAUCGCUCCAGAAUCUUCCCCUCGAGAAGCGGCAGCAGUAUGUGCCGGGCGAUGUGCUCGUAAGCGAUCAGACAAACGCCGCGGAACCAGAAUACGGACUAGCAUCCAAGGACCUGGACAGACCUCACGGGGACAGGCCGACAACGGUCGUACAAGGCGAUGUGCGCAAAAGAAAACGAUACGCCUCCUCGAGCACAAAACAAUAUUCGACGAAGAAGCGCCAAAGCAAUUCUGACCCCCGAGCCGUUGACGAACAGGACAGGUCUAUGCGACGACAAGAUGUGUUUGACACCACGCUCCGCUCCUCUCGAGAACAGUGCGACGAAUUAGCUGACCCUGACGGAGGCAUAAACCAGCAGGAGAAUGAGGCCGCUUACUCUAUCAAUGGUAGUUUCUUUGACGCUGUUGGCAGCACUGCCACAGGCCAUCUGACGAGCAAUGUGACGCCUGCAGCAGGCACCCUGCCUUUUGCGGGACAUUCGAUAACUGCUCGCGAGGGCCACCAGGAUAAUACUGAAAACACCGUUGUUGUCUCUGUCAACGAUGCUGAUGGCAGCUUCAUCGGAAACAUCGAGCCAGUUGGCCAGUGGGAUGACAAACGUGUCGAUUCAAUCUUGCAAAAUGCCGUCUUGAGGCCAGUCAGAAUUCGACGAGGACGCCCUUUCGAUCAAAGCCAUUUAACUGCCAUUUCCAACCAGUCCGAUCCGGAAGGAGUCAAGGUCAUUUCCUGCAUGAUUCAGGCUACUGGAGAUGUCAUGGAUCAGCGUUGCCAAUACUGCGAGAAGAAUUGGGGCAUAUUUGAAGACUGUAUCAAACUCAAAGACAGGAGUUUCCGACGGUGUGGGAAUUGCGAAUGGAGUCGUAAAAGCUGUCGUGGCGCUUCCCUGCUCAAUGCGAAGCCAGUAACUGCCUCUCCGUCUGACGAGCAGUCACGAAGCGGUCAGAGUACCCAACAUGGCGGCAUGAACCGUUCUGGUACCCCAGGGCAGUCGACUGGGUCGUUGCCAACCAUGGAUCUGUCCCAAAAUCGAGUCACGCGCAGGUCGCUCUCGGAUGUUAUUAGUAAUGCGUGUACGGGCCCUCAAGGAAUAACCAAAAAUGGCACUGUGGCCGAAACGUCAACAAUUUCACCGGCAGAGACGCUGCAUGAGGCGCAGGCUAUACAUCACCUGCCGCAGAUAACAUUUGAAGAAAAGAGCGCUCGUGAUGAGUUUUACACUGAAGGACUCUCUGACGCAGACUCGUAUACCGGAGAGGCGGUGACGAAGAACGAUUGGAGACUUCUCCAAGUCAAGACCCGAUUUUUUACAAGCUCCGAGUCGGUUACGCAGUACUGGAGUUGGGUGGAGGACAAACAAUAUUUUGAGCAUCAGGUUCUCACAGACACAAAUCCAGUAAAGUGGGGAUUGUUGCGAAAGCCUAUCGAUUUCGAUGUUCGGCUGAAGGAUAUUGCAGAAGUUAAAUACAGCGUAAAGUCAUUGCGCGUGCAUCUCAUCAUGAAGGACACUACCGUAGCCUCCACAGAAGGUGGAGCCCCAAGGGGAGAUGUUAUGGCUGUCUUCAAGAGAACGAGAACCGUGGAACGAUUUAUAAGAUUUCUCCGCAGUCGGAACUUCAGUACGGUCGAAGAAGCUCCGGAAUCGAUGGUUCGCAGGUGGGGAAGCAUGAAAUCCGAAGUUCUAUUGUCUGAUGAGGACGACGACACGAGCUAG